GUGUUUUCGCCCAUGGCCUACCUGGCAGGAGAGGCCCUCACCCGGGGCCUGAGCAUCCGCAGCAGGUCGGAGCUCGCCGCCGCGGAGGGCGGCGGCGCGGGCGAGGCGGGGCGGCCGGCGGAGGCCGCGGGGCCCGAGGUUCACGGGCCCCGGCCCGCUGGCGACGCGCGCGGCUGCAGCGGCACGGCUGCAACGACGCCCCCCGUGGCGGCCUUCCUCCUCGAGGGCGAGGGCCAGCCGAGGGACGAGCUGGACCUGGCCGCGCAGGGCCUGCGCCGCGGCGCGGACAAUGCCGGCGGCCGCUUCAGCUGGCUGGGGGCGCUGGUGGCCGCUCCCGCCGCCUCAGCGGAC